GGACAGUUAAUAUUUGGGAUUCAUUAUGCUAAGAGAGACUGUUCUGCUGAGUUGCCUUGCACUGGGACUCUGUGCAGCGGCUGACUGUAAUACAACUACCCAUGACCUUCACAAAAAUCUGAAUUUAAAGAGACAUCAUGCCAAGAUGAGAAUUAUUGGCCAGAGCUGCAAGGAAAUUAAAGACACAUACAAUGUGGAUGAAGACGGCAUUUACUACCUUAUCACUGAAAGUGGUGUCGUCUACCAGACAUUCUGUGACAUGACCACAGCGGGUGGAGGCUGGACCCUGGUGGCCAGUGUUCAUGAAAACGACAUCCUGGGAAAGUGCACCCGGGGCGACCGCUGGUCAAGUCAAAAUGGAGAUGACCCCAGCAAACCAGAGGGGGACAAGACCUGGGCCAACAGGGUUAUUUUUGGAACUGCAGAGGGUGCCACUGAUGACGAUUACAAGAAUCCUGGGUACUACGACAUUAAAGCCAAGGACGUCUCUAUAUGGCAUGUACCAAAUAAUGAAGAACCUGGACUUUGGUCCAACUCCUCUAUUCUGCGCUACCACACAGACACACAUUUCCUCGAUAAAUAUGGAGGAAAUCUUUACCAUUUAUUCAAGCUCCACCCUGUGAAGUAUGGCAUGGGGGAAUGCAAAGGAGGCAGUGGAAUCCCAAUCCCUGUCAUCUAUGAUGAAGGGGAUAAGGAAUCUACAAGUGAGCUCUAUGGGUCUGCUGUAAGAGAUGAAUUUGAACCUGGCUUCGUUACCUUCAGGGUAUUCAACAGUGACAAAGCACCUAUGGCCAUCUGUUCUGGCAUCAAGCCAACUGGAUGUCAGCCUCAAUAUUACUGUAUCGGUGGAGGGGGGUAUUAUCCAACAGGCACAUUAGUUCUGUGUGGGGACUUCAAUGCUUUUGACUGGACGAUAUUUGGUGGGGCUGGGCAGCACAAGGCAGCACAGAAGAUGAUAGAUGCAUCCAUGCUUUUAUUCUACCGCUGAAAUUACAGAUUUAAUUGUGCACUGAUACAACUGCAUAUUUAAAUAAAAUUGUGAUACCAAUAGAA